AUGUGUCCCGGUGUCUGUGUAUUAGGAGGAGGUGAGAGGGGUGUGUCCCGGUGUCUGUGUAUUAGGAGGAGGCGAGAGGGAUGUGUCCCGGUGUCUGUGUAUUAGGAGGAGGUGAGAGGGAUGUGUCCUGGUGUCUGUAUAUUAGGAGGUGAGAAGGAUGUGUCUGUGUAUUAGGAGGGGGCGAGAGGGAUGUGUCUGGGUGUCUGUGUAUUAGGAGGUGAGAAGGAUAUGUCCCGGUGUCUGUAUAUUAGGAGGCGAGAGGGAUGUGUCCCGGUGUCUGUGUAUUAGGAGGAGGCGAGAGGGAUGUGUCCCGGUGUAUGUGUAUUAGGAGGAGGUGAGAGGGAUGUGUCCCGGUGUCUGUGUAUUAGGAGGGGGCGAGAGGGAUGUGUCCCAGUGUCUGUGUAUUAGGAGGAGGCGAGAGGGAUGUGUCCCGGUGUCUGUGUAUUAGGAGGGGGCGAGAGGGAUGUGUCCCAGUGUCUGUGUAUUAGGAGGAGGCGAGAGGGGUGUGUCCCGGUGUAUGUGUAUUAGGAGGAGGUGAAAGGGAUGUGUCCCAGUGUCUGUGUACUAGGAGGAGGCGAGAGGGAUGUGUCCCAGCGUCUGUGUAUUAGGAGGAGGUGAGAGGGAUGUGUCCCGGUGUAUGUGUAUUAGGAGGAGGUGAGAGGGAUGUGUCCCAGCGUCUGUGUAUUAGGAGGCGGCGAGAGGGAUGUGUCCGGGUGUCUGUGUAUUAG